AAUACAUAAUAAGAGACAGAUGUACGGAAAACAUUCAGUGUAAAUUGUUCACAAGGAUGAAACUCUUCCUGAUUGCGUUUGUUUGUGUGAUAAUGUGUGUGUGCAGCACAGAUGGUUGCAGUGCCUGGAGCGUAUGUUCUUCUUCCUGUGGCGGAGGAACGAAGACACGACACUGUUUUUCCUGGUGGGGAAUGAGUGGGAAGGAAACAGCGACAUGCAACGCACUCUGCUACAAUGGCGGCACAUUCGAUAACUCACAGUGCCAGUGUACUGACGGAUGGUCAGGCAAAUGCUGCCAAGAGAAGUCAAAAUAACAUCUGAUCAGAGGACAUGGUGAAUGACAUUAGCACGCUGUAUUUUCCCUGACGAAAAUAUCUUUAAACUAGAGGGAAACAAAUGACGCUAACUUGGUUUGAUUCAUUGUCAACAUGUUGGAGUUUAUCUGGCUUACAAUAUAAGAAAUAAAAGUAAAAUAUAGGUAUAGACUAGUA